AUGGGGAUGCUGCUGCUCCUGCUGGCUCUGAGCGCGCUUCUUUGUUCCGCUGCUGUCGGAGAGGCUCGUGGGGCUCGGAGCUGCGCCGAGACCCGGCAGGCGCUGGCGAGGGUGACAGAUCCGCGUGGCGCCUCCCCUUUAAUUCCUCUAGGAGAGCACCUUCGCAUCUGCCCCCAGGACUACACCUGCUGCGCCAGCGAGACGGAGGAGCGCCUCAGCGAGCAAGGGCAGGCGGACCUCCAGGCUCUGCUGGGGGAGACAGGAGCCUUCUUGAUCAGCACCCUCGGCUCUCGCCAGCGCCGCUUUCAGGACUUUUUCCAGGAGCUUCUUGCUGGAGCUGAGCGGUCCCUCCAGGCCAUGUUUGCCCGUUCCUAUGGGCGCCUUUAUGCGCAACAUGCCCGCCUCUUCCAGGGAUUAUUUGUGGAGUUGCAACAUCACCUUAAGGGGGCUCGGCCAGGCCUAGAUGAGGCCCUGAGUGACUUCUGGUCUCAGCUUUUGGAGCGAAUGCUGCCUCUGCUUAACCCCCAGUAUAGCUUCCCAGAAGGGUACCUGGAGUGCGUGGGGCGCCAGGUGGAAAGCCUCCAUGCCUUUGGAGACAGCCCCCGCCAGCUCCGGGUGCAGGUGUCUCGGGCCUUCCUUGCCGCUCGGGUCUUCGUUCAGGGCCUGGCCACUGGGCGAGAUGUUGUUGCCCAGGCGGUUAAGCUGUCUCCCACUGGAGAGUGUCGACGGGCCCACAUGCGCCUCUCCUACUGCCCGCUGUGUCGUGGGAUUCCAGCCCUCAAGCCUUGCCAUGGGUUUUGCCUCAAUGUCAUGAAGGGCUGCUUGGCGAGCAUCACAGAGGUGGACCCCGAAUGGGAGCGCUUUCUUGAUGCGCUGACUCAACUGGCAGAACGGCUCACAGGACCCUUCAAUUUUGAGUUGGCAGUUGAUUCCAUUGCACUGAAAAUUUCGGAGGCCAUAAUGUACCUACAGGAACGCAAUAUGCAGACAUCAGCUAAGGUGUUCCAGAGCUGUGGCAACCCCCGCCCAACUCCCGCCCGUUACCGACGUGCCCCCCGAGAAGAAACCAAGCGCCACUUUCAAACCUACGUGCCAGAGGAGAAGCCAACCACUGCAGGGGGGACCAACCUGGACCGGCUGGUGCUGGAUAUGAAAGAAAAGCUACGUCUCAUGAGGCGCUUCUGGAUCCUGCUGCCUCAUACUCUCUGCAGCAGUGAGAAGGCAACAGCUGACAUUGCCAACGAGGACAGCUGCUGGAAUGGUCAGGCACGGGGCAGGUAUCUCCCAGAUGUGACAGGUGAUGGGCUGGUGAAUCAAAUCAACAACCCAGAAGUGGAGGUCGACAUUUCACGGCCUGAUCUUCUAACCCGGCAAUGUGUCCUGGCUCUGCGCAGGGUGACCUCUCGCCUGGUGGGGGCAUGCAGUGGGCAAGACCUUGACUUCCAGGAUGCCGAUGAGGAUGGCAUCAGUGGCUCGGGUGCUGGAUAUAACGAAGACCGGCCAGCCUCCCCAGGGUCAGGAGGCGUGGGGGCCGGAGGGGUCUCUGGGAGCUCACGGCCUUCCCCCGACUCUCGAGUCCCUCGAAGGGAGCGACCUGGGAAGGGUUCCUCCUCCCGGCAGAACCAAAGUGGGGGAAGGCUGAGCAGUGGGGCUGGGCCUUUUCCAACAGCAACCCUCCUGCUCACUCUCUUCUUGCAAUUGGCCUUCCUUGGGGGCCGGUGA